CAUCAUCUUCCUCAACACUAUCAUCACUGGCUGUGUUCUCAUAAUCACUCACACCGCGAUCGGCCUUCCCUUGAAUUUUGCUCAAGCUUUGACCAUCACUGCCCUCUUUAGCACCAUGGCUUCCCUGACGCAAUGGCUUCCUUUUGGUAUCUUGAUCCUGGGACAGUCAUUAGUGGCUCUGCACCGAAUCAAGGCAAUUUUAACUUUGAAGAACCCUGAGAAAUACUUGAUUCAGAAGACGGAUACUGGCCCUGCCAUAGUGACAGAAAAUGCUACUCUGUACUGGACCAAACCAGCCAGUGAACAAGCCUCUAACAAACCAGCCAGUACACAAGCCUGUGCCAACACAGACAACGGGUUGCUGGUCAACCGGUUGGACGACAAGGAUGAAAAGGAAGAAGUCCCGCCUGCCUUGAGAAACAUCUCCUUCACAUUACCUAAGGGCCACCUGCUGGGAGUGUGUGGGAAUAUGGGCAGCGGGAAGUCAUCGCUGAUAUCCAGCCUCUUAGAACAGAUGCAUCUUCAACAGGGCUCCGUCACAGCACGGGGGAGCUUUGCAUAUGUGCCCCAGCAAGCAUGGAUAUUCCACGGAACGGUUCAGCAGAACAUACUGAUGGGGGAAGCUUUUGACCAGGACCGCUACAACAGAAUUCUCCAUUGCUGUAGCCUCAUACCAGACAUGAAGAUACUCCCAGGUGGAGACCAGACUGAGAUUGGAGAGCGAGGUAUAAACCUCUCUGGGGGGCAGAAACAGAGGAUCAGCCUGGCCAGAGCGGUGUACUCUGACAGAGACAUCUUCCUCCUGGAUGACCCUUUGUCUGCUGUGGACGCCCACGUGGGGAAACACAUCUUUGCGGAAUGCAUCAAGAGAGAGCUUGUUGGAAAGUCCGUCAUCCUUGUGACUCACCAGCUCCAGUACAUGCAGUUCUGUGAUAAUGUCCUGCUCCUGCACGGAGGAGAGAUACUGGAGGCAGGAAGACAUGAAGAGCUGAUGAAUGGGAGAGGACGUUACGCCCAGCUCAUCAGCAACUACCAGCUGGAACAGUCCACAGUUCUGUUACAACAGGAGAACGCCGUGGAUCCGCCAUUUGUUGAACCCCACCAAACCAAUGGCGUUGUGAACCAAGCCUUUGACAUAUCUGAUGAAAUGGAUGACUCCAGGAGGGUGACAGGGCAGUUGAUAAUAAAGGAAUUCUCCAGCCAAGUCUCUAUAUCCUGGAGAACCUUUCAUGCGUACUGCCAGGCGCUAGGAGGUUAUUUCCUUGCUGUUGCCGUCCUCCUUCUUUACGCUGUGCUAAUUGGAGGAGUCGCAUUCAGCAAUGUGUUCCUCGCCUACUGGAUGGAGCAGGGAUCUGGGACUGCAAAUGUGACUGUUGAAGACCAGGCUAACGUCACGCUGAACCCAGACAUCGCCUUCUACCAGAAGGUUUAUGGAAUAAUAACAUUGGUUAUAGUGAUAGUUUCUAUUAUUAAAACAUAUUUCUUCGCCAAGGUCAGCCUCCGUGCUUCCUCAGUAAUUCACAUGAGGAUGUUAGAAAAGGUAAUUGCCAGUCCAAUGAGUUUUUUUGAUACCACCCCUAUUGGUCGGAUCCUGAAUCGAUUCUCCAAGGAUAUGGAGGAAGCCGAUUUCUGGAUUCCCAUGGAAGUGAACUAUUUCGUCAACACAUUCCUAUCAAUUGUGGGCUCCGUCAUCCUCAUUAUCUAUGCAUUUUAUAAAAUGGUUUAUCCCCUGAUCAUCUUCUUCGCUAUCACUCUCGCCUUCCACUCAUUAAGCCAGAGAGCAAUCCGUCAGUUGAAGAGGUCAGAGAUCACAAGUCGCUCUCCCUGGAUCUCCCAUACUAGCUCCACCAUCGAGGGCCUCAGCACCAUCCACCUCUAUGGCAAGACAGACAGCUACAUACACCAGUACAGUUUGCUGUGUGACUUCAACUCCAGCCACAUGUACAUGUUUCAAUCAGGGAUGAACUGGGUAUAUCUCUGGACAUCAUUUAUGAGUUCUUUGCUGAAUCUGUGUGUUGGAUUGUUUGUGGUCCUCACUCCCAAAGAUGACGCGAGUGGUUCCAUGAAAGGCCUGGCACUCACCUGCGUUGUACAGUUAGUAACCGGUUUUCUAACAGUGAUGGAAUUGGCCAGAGGGUUGGACGCCAGGUUCUGCUCAGUAGAGAGAAUCCAAGAGUACAUAAAGACCUGUGGGUCCGAGGGUCCCCGGAAUGUGAAGGAGGCUCAGAUCCCAGAAGGCUGGCCACAAAGCGGAUCCAUAAACUUCCAGAACUACACGAUGAGGUACAGGGAGAAUACACCUAUUGUUCUCAAAGGACUCCAAAUCCACAUCAAGGCUGGGGAGAAAAUUGGCAUUGUUGGACGGACCGGGUCAGGAAAGUCCUCCUUGGGUGUGGCCCUGUUCAGGCUAGUAGAGCCGGCAUUUGGCAGCAUCCUGAUCGAUGGGGUGGACAUCAGACACAUAGGCCUGCAGGACCUGCGCAGUAGGCUGUCCAUCAUCCCCCAGGACCCCGUCCUGUUUCUCGGUUCCGUCAGGUACAACCUGGACCCUUUCAACAAACACAGUGAGCAAGAGCUCUGGUUAGUGCUGGAGAAGACCUACCUGAAGGACUUGGUCUCCGGGCUACCUGAAAAGCUGCAGGCAGAAGUGGUGCGGAACGGAGAAAACUUCUCCGUUGGAGAGAGGCAGCUCAUGUGUAUGGCCCGAGCCCUGCUGCGAAACACCAAGAUCAUCCUCCUGGACGAAGCCACAGCAUCCAUCGAUGCCGAGACCGACGCCCUGAUCCAAACCACCAUCAGGGAGGCGUUCGAGGGAUGCACCACCCUCACCAUCGCUCACCGCAUCAACACCGUGCUGCAGGCCGACCGCAUCCUGGUCAUGGAGCAGGGACAGGUGGUGGAGUUUGACAGUCCUGAUGUGUUGAGACAGAAGCCAGACUCUCUGUUCAGCUCCCUCCUGGCAGCUGCAAACACAAUCGACGCCUGAAACACACAACCAUCAUACAGACACAUAACGAUCAUAAAGACAGUCAACACCUGUAACACACAGCCAUCAAACAGACACACAACCAUCAUAAAGACACAGUCAACACCCGAAACACACAGCCAUCAUACAGACACACAACUAUCAUACAGACACACAGCCACAAUACAUACACAACCAUCAUAAAGGCAUUACAUCCACAAUCAACACAAAUACAUCCUGUGAUCUUUCUGAAUUUUACAUUUUGUACUUACUUUGUACUUCGUAGUUUUCCCCUGUGGUUAAUGUAUAGUUGUAUUGAUUCAAGCCACUAU